AUGUCUGACUGGGACGACGUCACCAAGAUUGGAAGCAAGACCCGUGGAUCUGGUGCUUCCCAGCGUGAGACUGUCAUUCGUGGAAAUGCCGCUCUCAACGCAGCCCAACGAACGGGUGGCAUCAUUUCCACCGAGAAGAAGUACGGCACAGCCAACGCAGCUUCCGGCAGCGGAGAGGGUCAGCGUCUGACGAAGGUCGACCGAUCCGACGACAUCAUCAAGCCCAACACCGUUGGCAAGGUCGUUGGCGAUGCCAUCUCCCAGACCCGCCAGAAGAUGGAGCCCAAGAUGACCCAGAAGGACCUUGCCACCAAGUGCAACACCACCCAGGCCAUCGUCAGCGAGUUCGAGAGGGGCACCGCCGCACCAGACCAGAAGGUCCUGGCAAACAUGGAGCGGGUCCUCAAUGUCAAGCUCCGAGGUGCUGACAUUGGAUCUCCCAAGUUCCCCAACAAGAAGAAAUAG